AUGAGGAAUGUUGAAUUUGAUAAGAAAAAUAACAAAAAAAUAACAAAUGUUUUUGAAAUAACUUCAUUUAACAAUUAAAUAAAAUCCAAACAUGCUUAGGCAAAAGAAAAGAAUAAUUUAAUUGAAAUGUAAUUAUUUAAUUAAUUAAUUGCAAGAUCAUCAAUUACUUAUUAUAGAUAAUAAUAAAUUUACUUUAGUAGAAAGGUAAUUAAUUACUUAUUUAAACAAGCUAACAAUAAACAUAUAAAAAAGAAAUAAUCAAUAAACCAAAAAUAGGAAAAUUUACAAUAGGCGAACUAAAAUUUAAAGAGAAUAUUGAUUCAAAAUUUUGAUAAAGCUCUUUAAAAUUUAUUGUAAAUACCUUCAAAUUAGUUAGAAUAUGUCAAAACUUACAUAAAGUUUCUCAAAAUAUUUUUAGAAACUAUAUAAAACUGCAUUAAUAAUAGCUGA